AUGCCCGGAACGGUCAGGAACAAAGAGAAGAUCUUGACGCCGGAUUCUAAGUGGCGUACACGUGUACACAUGGUUCAUAGCUAUCGUUCGGCAUUAUUCCGGGCACUUUCGUCUCCCCAUAUCGCGCGCGUUCUACAACGGCACAGCCGUGUUCUUGCGAGCUGCGAGCCCUCCCUCAGACGUAUGCGCAUGCAUACCACGAUACAUAUCCAUUGGUCUGAGAACGAAGACCAUUUACCCAUCCACGCCAUACAAAAAGAGUCGCGUUAUCCAUAUCCAUAUCAUAAAAUCAUCCUCUUCGCGUAUCUCUCAUCCCAUCCCCAUCCCCACCCUCCCCUCUCCAUCACUCUCAUCUCAUCUCACGUAAGUCCUACUCGUCUUGCGGUAAACCUCCCCACUACUCCUCGGCACACUCCUCACCGAGCUCCGAUAACUGAUCCUUUCCGCCGGCACCGAGCUGCUAUAACGUCGCGAGGUGGUGAUGGAGCUGCGGGGGCCGCCGUGGUAGUUGGAGACGGGGCGGGGCGCGUAGUGGUCGUGGUCUUUGACGUAGUAGGAGCGUUUCGGGGAGGUGACGAGGCACAUUUUGGUGGUGGUUGGUGGGGUUUCUUCGGUGGAGGAGGAGGAGGCUGUGGGUGUGGACGUGUGGUUUGGUCUCGUUGGUGGUUAUGUGUGAGAGGGCCGGACUGA